CCUGCUGAACAUAAAGAUAGGCGGUCUCAAAAUUCUAAAAUGGCGUCUGAUGGAUACUUAAUCCCGACUCUGCAGGACAUUGAGAAAUCCGUGUUGGAACUCAGUAGUCAAGUUCGAUUACAGAGUGCUUUUCUAGACUGUCAAAUAGAGAAGUUAGAGCAAGAUCCAGACACAGAUUGUGUAGUGAGUGAAAACGAGGCUGAGAACAUUCUUGCUCGGACUAGCAGUCUACGAGCUGAACUGGAGAAAUUUAAAUUGAAUUUGAAAAAGUAUCAAGAAGUCACGAAAGAAAAGAGAAAUAGCAGUGAAUCGAACGCAGACAAGAACGAGGACGAGGAAGAUUCUCCAGACAAGAGUACAGAUGACCUUGAAUUCAAUGUAGACAGUGACACAAUAGUUGCACAGCCCGACUCAGUUUCAUGUAUACCUGAAAAGAAACCAAAUGGAACUCCACAAGAAAACGAGGACUAUAGCGCAGUGGUUACAAUAAACGAGUCAUCAUCAGAACUACUAGACAAGCUUAGGAUAUCAACUUAAAAUGAACAAAUGGUUAUUAUGCAAGGGGAAAACUUAUUUGAAGCAUAUCCAACAAUUCUGGGGCCCAUUUUAUUAAAGAACCUACGACUAAGACCAAAAUCCAUUCUGCUUAUUUGAAUUAAAUUGAAAAUGGUUUAAAAUUUUUUUUAAAGAUUUGAGAAAUAUUUAGUCAAUAAAAAUGGAACUCGUAA